AUGAACCGUUUCAUCCUAGCUUCUUUCCUUCUUGUCGCCAUCUUCGCUGUCUCCGAAGCAGCUCUUGCUCAACAGCAAGUCAAGGACGGAGCAAAACUUGAGAUCGACGCCUUCAAGGGAGCCAAGGCCAUCAAGAGAACCGUCCCAGCCGGAGAGCAAAUCUUCCAUUUCGAAGGAGAGCACAAGGGAACAUUCGUCGAUGGAAAGGGAAAGAAGGUCGAGUCAUCAAACUAUGAAGCCAAGAAUGGAGUUCUCGUUAUCAAGAAGUUCACCAAGGCUGAUGUUGGACAAUACUCUGAGCACCCAGCUAAGAACAUCGAAACCAAGCAAGCCAAUGGAGACGUCUCCGCCGUUCCAGGACUUACCCUCAACAUCUCCCUUGAAUAA